AUGGCCGACUACUCCAUGUACCACGCCCUCGGUCAGGGCGAACAGCUUGACCCCAACGACCCCAACAGCCGGACCCAGCCGGCCGCUCCCCAGUUCGCGCCUCCCAUCGCCCAGCAGCAGCAGCAACAAUAUGGCGGCCACCCGUACGGCGCGUCGCCCCAGCUCCAGGGGCAGCAGCAACAGUACAUGGGCGGCGUCCCAUCCCCGGCUGCCGCUCCUGGCUACGGACCGCCUCAACCCCACGGCCAGGGGCAAGAGCAGUACGGCGCGCCGCAGGACCUAACCUCGCAGAUGGCUGGCUUGGGCAUCCAGGAUGCGGCGCAACACACGGCCCGGAGGAAGAAGAAGGACCGACAUGCUUUCCACACCGUCGAGGCCCCCGCCGGCUCGUCCCAGGCCUUCAAUGGCAUGCCGCCCGCUGGAACUCCCCAGACCGCCUUCCUGAACGCCGAUCCGUCCGUCGCCGCCGGUGGCCAGUUCCUCGGCCAGCCCGUCACCCCGAACCAGUUCGGAAACAGCCAGUUCCCGGCACCGGUCAACCCGCCUUUCAAUCCUGCUGCCGCCUCGCCGGCCGAGUUCGCCGCUCGGAACGGGAGCGCCGACCAAGGGCCGCAGGCUGCAUAUGUGCCGGCUUCGGGAGGUGGCCAGGUCUCGCCCGACGACAUCCCCAGUGUGCCCAUCUCGAGAGACGUGCCGCAGCAGCAUUUCCUCAACAAUGUCUACCCGACAUUUGAACGCCAUGUUCCUCCCCCGGCCUCCAUCUCCUAUGUUGCCUUCGACCAGGGCAACUCGGCCCCCAAGUUCACCCGCCUGACCAUGAACAACAUCCCGGCAAGCAAGGAGGGCCUCAACAGCAUGGGGCUACCGCUGGGACUCCUUGUCCAGCCCCUCGCCAAGCUCCAGCCCGGUGAGCUGGAGAUUCCACUGCUCGACUUCGGCGACCAAGGCCCUCCGAGGUGCAGGAGAUGCAGGGCAUACAUCAAUCCAUUCAUGAUGUUCCGAUCCGGUGGCAGCAAGUUUGUCUGCAACCUCUGUACUUACCCUAAUGAUACCCCAUCCGAAUACUUCUGCGCCACCACCCCCCAAGGCGUCAGAGUCGACCGAGAUCAACGGCCAGAGCUGUGCCGCGGCACUGUUGAGUUCACUGUGCCCAAGGAGUACUACACCAAGGAGCCUGUCGGCUUGAACUGGCUGUUCCUUAUCGACGUUACCCAGGAGGCUUUCAACAAGGGUUUCCUCGAAGCCUUCUGCGAGGGUAUCCUGGCUGCAUUGUAUGCACCCGAUGGCGACGACGACGAGAAGGACGAGAACGGAGAGUCGAAACGGAGGUUGCCGCCUGGUGCCAAGGUUGGGUUUGUGACCUACGACAAGGACAUCCACUUCUACUCCUGCCAUCCCUCGCUUGAGCAGCCUCAGAUGCUGGUCAUGCCCGAUGUGGAAGAUCCCUUCGUACCCCUGAGCACGGGUCUGUUUGUGGAUCCCCACGAAUCCCGGGCUGUCAUCACCUCGCUCCUGACGAGACUUCCCACCCUUUUCUCCAGCAUCAAGAACCCAGAGCCUGCAUUGCUGCCGACCCUCAACUCGGCCCUCGCGGCUCUAGAAAAGACCGGUGGCAAGGUUGUCUGCUCAUUGUCCUCUCUGCCAACCUGGGGCCCGGGUCGUCUCUUUAUGAGAGAUGAUGGCAAGCACCCCGGCGGCGAGCUUGACAAGAAGCUCUACAACACUGAGCACCCCGGCUGGAAGAAGGUCGCAGAGAAGAUGGUCGCCGCCGGUGUGGGUGUCGACUUCUUCCUGGCGGCCCCGUCUGGCGGCUAUCUUGACGUUGCCACCAUUGGACAUGUCUCCUCGUUCACGGGCGGCGAGACAUUCUACUACCCGAACUUCGUGGCCGGCCGUGAUAACGCCAAGCUUUCCUUGGAGAUCAAGCACACCGUCACGAGAGAGACCGGAUACCAGGCUCUGAUGAAAGUACGUUGCUCCAACGGCCUGCAGAUCUCCAAUUAUCACGGGUUCUUCCAGCAGCACACAUUUGGCGCCGACCUCGAGAUCGGCGUCAUUGAUGCAGACAAGGCGAUUGGCGUUACUUUUGGCUACGAUGGCAAACUUGACGCCAAGCUGGAUGCUCACUUCCAGUCCGCCCUUCUGUACACGACGGCAUCCGGCCAACGCCGCGUCAGGUGCUGCAACGUUAUAGCAAGCGUCAGCGACGUAGCGAGAGAGUGCGUGAAAUUCGUCGAUCAGGAUGCUGUGGUCUCCAUCUUGGCCAAAGAGGCAGCCACGAGCCUAGGAUCGACAUCUGUCACCUUGAAGGAAACGCGGCAACAGCUGACGGAGAAAACGAUCGACGUGUUGGCAAGCUAUAGGAAGAACUUCACGUCGCAAUCGCACCCGCCUGGUCAGCUGGUCAUGCCGGAGAAGCUGAAGGAAUUCUCCAUGUAUAUGCUUGGUCUGUUGAAGUGUCGUGCCUUCAAGGGCGGCAAUGAGAGUUCCGACCGCAGGGUACACGAGAUGCGUAUGUUGCGCUCUCUCGGACCCGGCGAGCUCAGUCUCUACCUCUACCCACGCAUGAUCCCCGUCCACAACCUAGCCCCUGAAGACGGGUUCCCUGACGAGAAUGGCCAUCUCAAGGUGCCUCCCGCCAUCCGAGCAUCAUUCUCACGAGUUGAAGCCGGCGGCGUAUAUCUGGUGGAUAACGGCCAACAGUGUCUGCUCUGGUUCCACAGCCAGACCUCUCCCAACCUCCUCGUGGACCUCUUCGGCGAUGGCAAAGAUAGUCUGAAAGCCCUGGACCCCUACAGCUCGAGCCUCCCGGUCCUCGAGACCCACCUUAACGCCCAAGUCCGUAACAUAGUCGAGUUCCUGAAGACGUUACGUGGUUCCAAGGCCUUCACCAUCCAGUUGGCGCGACAAGGCAUUGAUGGUGCCGAAUAUGAGUUCGCGAGGAUGCUGGUCGAGGAUCGAAACAACGAGGCGCAAAGCUAUGUGGACUGGCUUGUCCACCUGCACAAAGGUGUCCAGCUCGAGGUGAGUUAA